AUGCCUCUUUACACCCACACCCUGGCCCUGCUCCUUCUGGCUCUGUCUAGCCCCUGGCCACUGACCUGUCUCGGGAUGCCCUCCAGAGACUGUCCCACCUGUAAAGGAAAUCAGGGGCAGGGGAGCCCCUUACCUCAUCAGUCUACAGAAUUCAGCACCACUAGUCUGGCCAUUGGAGAACCGUGUGGGGUCUACACUCUGAGCUGUGCUAACGGUGCUCGCUGCACACCCCCAGAGGACGAAGCUAGGCCCCUCCAGGCCCUGCUGGAAGGCAGGGGUGUCUGCAGUAACACCAGCAGGAUCAACCCAACUGAAAGGACUCACACUGCAGCUACAAGGCCUACACCCACUCAGGAUCCAGAGAAGGCUCCGUGUCGCAAACUGCUUACCACAAUUAUGAAACGUCAUGAUGCCCAGUUAUUCCAGUCACAUCAGGAUAUUUACAUGCCCAAUUGUGACAAGCGUGGUUUCUUCAGAAAGAAGCAAUGUUGGUCCUCUCGAGGUAUGCAGCGUGGCAACUGCUGGUGUGUGGAUGAGAAUGGCGUGCCAGUGCCUUCAAAUGUAAAACAGGAGGGCACCCUGAUUUGUGAAAGUGCAUGAAGACGUGGCUAAAGCAGAGCAGCCUAAAGUUUGAUUACC